CCAAGCUCACAUAAUGAGGUCUGCAAAAUAUCCGAAUCCAAUAAAAUUCAUCGAAUCCUUGUGCUGACCAUUUCACACUUAGCUGGCCUUUAAGCGGAAUCUUUCCUUGUAUUCUGCUAAGAAUCUCCUUAAAAUCCUAGAGCUCUUCUAGCGGAUACUUACACUACACUACACCCGUUUUUAUACAAGAGCAAAGACAGACAGUUCUUGGGGCAUUCACUAUCUGCGAAUCUUGAGAUCAUGGCUGGGGCAAAUGAGGUUCAGGCCAUGGAAAUAGAGGAUGAAGAGGAGUGUCCAGUAAAGCAAGUAGAUCUUACUGUUCUGAAAACUGAUGACCCCACCUUGCCUGUUUUGACGUUCAGAAUGUGGGUUCUUGGUCUUGGUUCUUGUGUCCUCUUGUCCUUUGUAAACCAGUUUUUCUGGUACAGGACACAACCGAUGUUCAUUUCGUCUAUUUCUGCACAGAUUGCUGUGGUGCCAUUGGGGCAUCUAAUGGCUAAAAAACUGACCACUCGCAAGUUCUUUGAGGGUACAAGCUGGGAGUUUACCAUGAAUCCUGGACCUUUUAAUAUUAAGGAACAUGUGCUGAUCACAAUAUUUGCCAAUUCGGGUGCUGGAACUGUUUAUGCUACGCAUAUUCUCACUGCUGUUAAGCUAUAUUACAAGAGGAAACUGACUUUUGUUCCCGCCUUGUUUGUUAUGAUUACUACUCAGGUACUAGGAUUUGGUUGGGCUGGUCUUUUCCGGAAAUAUUUGGUGGAGCCAGGGGAAAUGUGGUGGCCAUCUAAUCUGGUUCAAGUGUCUUUGUUCAGGGCACUACAUGAGAAAGAGAAAAGACUGAAAGGCUACACAAGUCGUACCCAGUUCUUUCUCCUAGUCAUAAUUUGCAGCUUUGCAUACUAUGUCUUGCCUGGUUAUCUUUUCACCAUGUUAACAUCCUUCUCUUGGGUCUGUUGGCUUGGUUCCAAGUCUGUUCUGGUUCAGCAACUAGGUUCAGGCUUGCAAGGACUUGGAAUAGGCGCUGUAGGGUUUGAUUGGGCUACAGUUUCUGCUUAUCUUGGAAGUCCACUAGCUAGUCCAUGGUUUGCUACUGCCAAUGUUGCAGUUGGAUUUUCCCUAAUAAUGUAUGUGAUGACACCCAUCUGUUACUGGCUCAAUGUCUACAAUGCCAAGAACUUUCCAUUAUAUUCAAAUGAGCUUUUUACAGAAAAGGGUGAGGAGUACGACAUCCUUAACAUCAUCAAUUCAAAGUUUCACCUGGAUCGGGAUGCUUAUGCAAAGUUUGGGCCAAUACACAUGAGCACCUUCUUUUCUAUGACUUAUGGCCUUGGAUUUGCCACACUUUCUGCUACUGUUAUGCAUGUCCUACUCUUUAAUGGAAGUGACCUAUGGAAGCAAAGCAAAAGGGCCUUUGGGGGCAGAAGGAAAAUUGAUAUACAUACAAGGCUCAUGAAGAAAUACAAAUCAGUUCCCACAUGGUGGUUCUACAUCAUCCUUGUCAUAAACAUUGCUGCUAUAAUCUUUGCUUGUGAGCAUUACAAUGAAUCACUUCAAUUGCCUUGGUGGGGUGUUCUGCUAGCUUGUGCCAUCGCAUUUUUCUUCACUCUGCCAAUCGGUAUCAUCAGUGCCACCACAAAUCAGCAACCAGGUCUUAACGUUAUCACGGAAUACAUUAUAGGGUACAUGUAUCCAGAGCGGCCGGUUGCUAAUAUGUGCUUCAAGGUGUAUGGAUAUAUAAGCAUGACUCAAGCUCUAACGUUUCUAGCAGACUUUAAGCUAGGGCACUACAUGAAAAUUCCACCUAGAUCAAUGUUCAUGGCACAGGUGGUAGGAACACUUGUGGCUGUACUCGUAUACCUAGGAACUGCCUGGUGGAUGAUGGAUGCCAUUCCCAAUCUUUGUAGUCAAGACAACGGCCCAUGGAAAUGCCCGAUGGACAGGGUGUUUUUUGAUGCUUCUGUCAUAUGGGGGCUGGUUGGACCGCGCAGAAUCUUUGGCAACCUUGGCGAAUAUGGAGGUGUCAAUUGGUUCUUUCUCGGUGGGGCUGUAGCUCCUCUCAUAGUCUGGAUUUUCCAUAAAGCAUUCCCAAGAAAGGAAUGGAUCAGCCUCAUUCACAUGCCAGUCCUGUUAGGUGCAACAUCAAUGAUGCCUCCAGCUUCUGCUGUGAACUACACCAGUUGGAUUGUUGUUGGAUUCCUCUCUGGAUAUGUUCUGUUCAGAUAUCGAACAGAAUGGUGGAAACGUUAUAAUUACGUGCUCUCUGGUGGCCUUGAUGCCGGGACAGCCUUUAUGACUCUGUUGAUCUUUUUCGCUCUCGGAUACUGGGAUGUUGACCUGACAUGGUGGGGAAGCAAUUCGAGCAACCCAGAAGGAUGCCUCUUGGCUAGCUGUCCAACUGCCAAAGGGAUCAUUGUAGAUGGCUGCCCAGUUCUCUGAUCAAACUGUAUAUUUUUACUCUCCUUUUGCCCCGUUUUCGAAACAAUAAUAUUUACUUCUGUCAAUACAUACAGACAGCUGGUUGCUGCUGUGCUUGAUAAUGGGUUCCUAGAUGAAAAACUUUGUUGAAGAUUUCAUCUUAUUAUGCAAUCAAAUGGAUUAAAUUCUUCCAGAA